AUGACCUACUUAAAGAGCACCACCAACUUGGGGCAAGAUGUUCGAAUACUUAAGCAUAUCAAGGACAUUUUCAUUCAAACAGCCACAAUUGUCUGCCAGAACCUAAUGCCGCAAGGCCAUGCUGGCGUGGAGCGUGGGUGGAGCGUGGUGCGCUGCUCAUGGGGGCCCCUUCACGUGGCCCCCCGCCCGCAGGGGGCGCUGCUCGACAGGGGCGGCUCCCGCAGCGCCCUGCUGCGGCCCAUGGUCUGCUGCCUGGCCAAGGGCUGGUGUCUGCGCUGGCGCUGACCCGCGGAAACAGGAGCGGGAAAGUUGGCGCCCCCCACCCGGGGGCUUGCGGCCAAAUGAGGCUCUACCACGCAGCCCUCGGGCGCCGUGUGGGUCCCGGCAAGCGCCGCCAGCUCGAAUGAAAAUCCAUAGACAAUCCCAAAUAUGUUGUCGAUGACGAGAACUGUCUUGGUUCCAAUGUUGGGCUAUCGGAUUCUUGACAAUCUUAGUGUUGCACUAGGAGUUUUUGCUUUCGCUGGACUAAUGGAUUUGUUGGAUGGAUUUAUGGCUCGAAACUGGGCCAAUCAAAAAUCAGCUUUGAGAAGUGCCCUUGAUCCACUUGCUGAAGUUUUUAUCAGCAUCUAAUGUGUUAGCUUGACCUAUGCAGAACUUAUUCCAGUCCCACUCACUUACAGGAUAAUUUCAAGAGAUGUAAUGUUGAUCGCUGCGGUGUUUUAUGUCAGAUACCGAACUCUGCCAACACCGCGAACACUAGCUAAGUACUUCAAUCCUUGCUAUGCUACUGCUAGGUUAAAACCCACAUUCAUCAGCAAGGUAAAUACAGCAGUCCAGUUAAUUUUGGUGGCAGCUUCUUUGGCAGCUCCAGUUUUCAGUUAUGCUGACAGCAUUUAUCUUCAGAUACUAUGGUGUUGUACAGCCUUCAUUACAGCUGUGUCAGCAUACAGUUAUCACUGUGGUUGGAAAACUGUUCAGGUGAUGAAGGGCAAAUGA